ACUUAGCUCUCCGCGUAAAGCUCCUGGACACCAGAAGGGCACCGCACAGUUUCCGCUUCUGCUUCUCCGCUCUCUCAAGAUCAGAACUGAUUUAAAAAUUAAAAAAAAAAAAAACACAUCAAACCUCGAGGGUUUAAUUAAACGACCGGAAAACAGCAAGUGAUCUUAGGUGUUGUUUAAUUCAUUCGUUCACUGUUAGGCUAUGUAUUUUUGCUCCCAGUAGUGCGUUUAUUUUUUUUUACCUACCAGCUUGAACUAAUGCAUCGCACCAGGGACGCGAAGAGACGGUUCCUUUUUUUAAAGAGUAAGCAAUGAGUAAAGCACAUAAAGGAUACAGUGGGAGCUAACUGUGGAUGAUCUUGGAUUUAACAGCCGCUUCCCGUGAAAACAAAGAUUCUGAAACUUAUGGCGUGAAGGGCCCAUUCUUGGCCUUUGUCACUCACAGCUAAUGGAUGUCUUUACCCAGUAUGCCUACAAUGACAGUUUCUAUGAUAAUGGAACAUGGAGCUUCAACGAUACAGACCAAGAGCAGAAGCACCCCUACAACUACUACGCCAUGCUGCUUACUUUGCUCAUCUUCGUCAUCGUCUUCGGCAACGUGCUGGUGUGUAUGGCUGUGUCCAGGGAAAAGGCUCUGCAGACCACCACAAACUACCUGAUCGUCAGCUUGGCUGUCGCUGACCUUCUGGUGGCCACACUUGUUAUGCCCUGGGUCGUCUACUUAGAGGUGGUGGGAGAGUGGCGCUUUAGCAAGAUCCACUGUGACAUCUUUGUCACUCUGGAUGUGAUGAUGUGUACAGCCAGCAUCCUCAAUCUCUGUGCCAUCAGCAUUGAUCGCUACACGGCAGUUGCAAUGCCAAUGCUGUACAAUACCCGCUACAGUUCUAGGAGACGGGUCACGGUGAUGAUCUCUGUGGUUUGGGUACUAUCUUUCGCCAUAUCCUGUCCCCUGUUGUUUGGCCUAAAUAACACAGCUACUCGUGAUGAGUCUCUCUGUGUGAUCGCCAAUCCAGCCUUUGUGGUGUACUCUUCCAUUGUGUCCUUUUAUGUACCCUUCAUCAUCACUCUGCUCGUUUAUGUCCAAAUUUAUGUGGUCCUGAGGAAGCGCAGAAAACGCGUCAACACAAAACCCAAGCAGCGUGUCUCUCAGGCUGCUGACCCUGAUAUGGCCACCUCACUAAAGGAUAAGUGCACUCAUCCAGAGGAUGUGAGGCUGUGCACCAUGAUUGUUAAAACUAAUGGGAGUUUUCCUGUCAACAAGAAGAAAGUGAUAUUCAUCAAAGAUGUGGUCAAUGAGGGAGAAGAUCUGGAGCUGGAUGAGCUGAAUAACAGUGGAAGCAGUGUGAAGCAGAAGCAGCAGAUACAAGGUGCUCUUGGAGACACUCCAGCCACAAGCCAUCAGCUAUUGAUGCCCAACAAGGCCAGUGCUAGCCCCAUCUCGACACCCCCCACGCCCCACAAGGAGGGCCAGAAAGCAGAAAAGAACGGCGAUCCUGCCAAGGAGACCUUGGGCGAUCCGGCACCCAUCGUAGCCAAAGCCUUCCAGACACAGGCCUUACCUAAUGGCAAGACUCAGACUUCUGUGAAAACCAUGAGCAAGAGAAAGAUCUCCCAGCAAAAGGAAAAGAAGGCUACCCAGAUGUUAGCCAUCGUCCUUGGUGUAUUCAUUAUAUGCUGGCUGCCGUUUUUCAUCACACAUAUCUUGAACACCCACUGCACCAAAUGCAAGGUUCCUGCCGAGAUGUAUAACGCUUUCACCUGGCUGGGCUAUGUGAAUAGUGCUGUAAAUCCCAUCAUAUACACCACCUUUAAUGUUGAGUUCAGAAAGGCAUUCAUUAAGAUCUUGCACUGCUGAGCUGCAACAUCACUUAUCUGAUCAGACUGAAGGAGAAGUGAUGAAUGAAAGCAUAUCCUGUGGCAAAUACCUCAUCCUCUUAAGGAAAAUACACCACAUGGGGAAACUGCGAUCUGCUCAUUUAAAGUUAGUUAAGUGACUGAAAAAAACCAACAAAAAAACUGGCUUUGUCUUCUUGAAAGGCGUCUUGGAUCUAUAUGUUAAAUUUCGUGUGGAGUCCCGUUCUCCAAAUCACUGAAUGUAAAACAAGAAAUGUCUGUAACGAUGACCUGUUUUAUGGAGAGAGAAAAAAAAUGACAUUGUUCUCUGACAUCAUUGUGCUUGUCAUGUAAGGAGCCAUCUGUGUAUACCACACACAUGCAAACUGCUAUUUAUUGUAUGUGUACUUUAUGUUUUAAUCAUAGAUGUUUUCUGCAAAUCUUAAAGAUAUCGAGUCAGUGUUCAUUGCAGUGUUAAAAUGGAAAACAAUUCACUGAUUAGAUUCACUGAUUGUCUGAAAGACACGGUAUAAUUUACUUGCUGUAUGAUGCGGCCAUGCCAAUAUCUGCAUUUUAGCAAUUUUAUAAAUAAAUAUCUAUUAUAAUUACUAAUGCUAUUAUUAUUAUUAUUUGCUGUACAUAGUUUUUCUUAAUACAUUUAUUGUGAUUAUAUGGCUGCAAUAGAAAUGUGAUGCAUGCUACACUGCUCCUCUACUUGAAAUGCAUGUUUAACAAUAAAUUGCAAAAGAUCUCGAAUAAAUGAAGUUAAGAUACCGUGUGAAGUGCCACAUGAAUAUCACCGCUCACUGUGUGUAUACAAAUACACUUAUAACUGACUGGUCAUUAUUCAAAAGCUUCUCUGUUAUUCCUAGGACUGAUCUGCAGUUUGAGUACUGUUGUUUACUGGAACCAACACCAAGCUCUGCUGCAGAGGAGUUGUUCCAUUAAAACUAAUGACUAGUAUGUGGACUUUGCAGCUUCCAGGUAUAAUCAUGUGGAUAUGUGCAACCCAGCCCUGAAGCCACUCCCUGGGGCCUUUGCUGAGCAAGAAUGGGGUGAAACUGAAAUAAUAGCUACCGCAAUAGAUCUAUACAACUAAUACAACUACAGUGUUUGGAGUGAUGAUCUCAUUUUAUAUUUUCAGUAUAUACGCACACACAGAGGUACCGGACUGACUCGCUAUGUGCCACUGUUUGAAUAGCCUCAGUCCUAAUGAACAGGUGGGAAAAGGGAGUUCACGUCUGAAGAUGAGAUCAAAAUGAAGCGUAAACAACACUCCAGCUUAUUCUUUAGUAAUGAACACUGACUGAAUUUACUUGUUAUUACUGUGUGUUAUUCUUUUCAUUGUUGUUAUUCAUGUUUAGUUAUUUAAAACACAACUUUGAGUCAGUUUGAUGCCUCUGUGCGUCUGCUACAGAUCUCAUUUUUGAAUAUUUCUUUUUCUUUAAAGGGCACGCUGUGUUACAAGUCAUUGGGAAACUAAAUAUUUGUGGGCGCCAUGGUUUGCCACUAAACCGUGGUAUCUAUGUGUGACAAACUGAC